GCAUCAGCAGAGAUAGCAGGCUUUACUUCGCCUUCUCAGGCUAACUCGCUUUGGGCUUUGGUUCAGGAUGGACACCUCUUCGAUUUAUUGGAGUCGACGAUGCUCCAUCAUGCGCAACUGCAAAAGCGCUCUCUCUCUCUGGUUGCUGGUGUGGCUGCUCCUCGGCAAGCCAAGUCCGGCAUCGGCGUGCCCGCACCUGUGCGUGUGCUACCCGACCCCCAUGACCGUGAGCUGCCAGGCGCAGAACUUCACCGCCGUCCCGGUCGGAGUGCCCUAUGAGUCGCAGCGCGUAUUCCUCCAAAACAACCGCAUCACGGAGCUUCGAGUUGGUUCUUUUGGCUUCGGGACUCAGGUCCUGUGGCUGUUCUCCAACAACAUCACAUGGAUAGAGGCAGGGGCAUUCAGUGAGCUGAGGGACUUGGAGGAGUUGGACCUCGGGGACAACCCCAGCCUCCACAGGCUGGAGGGGGGAGCCUUCCGUGGCUUAGAGAAGCUCCAGAGCCUCCACAUGCACCGCUGCCGGCUCACCGCUCUGCCCCAUGACAUCUUCCACAAGCUGUACAGCCUGCAGUUCUUGUACCUGCAGGAGAAUAAUCUUCACUUCCUGCAAGAUGACAUUUUUUCUGACCUCAUCAACCUGAGCCAGCUUUUCCUGCACGGUAAUCGUAUCCGUACCCUGUCAGAGAAUGUGUUCCGAGGCUUGGUCAACCUCGACCGCCUUCUCCUGCAUGACAACCGCAUCAGGCAGGUGAACCGCCGCGCCUUUCGUGACCUUGGCCGCCUGACCAUGCUCUUCCUGUUUAACAACUCCUUGGCUGAGCUGCCCAGUCAGACCCUGAGGGACACACAGGGCAUUGAAUUCCUUCGCCUCAACGCCAAUCCCUGGUCCUGCGGCUGCGAGGCCCGCGCCCUGUGGGAGUGGUUCCGCGAGGCUCGUGUCUCUUCAUCCGAGGUGAUCUGCGCCUCCCCUUCCACCCGCCGCAACCAGGACCUCCGCUUUCUUCGUGAGAUGGACUUUGCCCUCUGCCCCCUGCCCGACCCUGGCUCCAUUGCUGGCUCCACCACCACCACUUUCAGCACCAAAACCCGAUGGUGGUUUCAUAAGAACAAGCCCCAGUCGUCCACAAAAGGUGUCUUUGAGAAAUCCUCAGAGACCGUCAAAGCUGGUUUGUAUGGGAAAGGCCCAUCCACAACCACUUCAGUAGUCAAGUAUGAGUUGGGUGAGGAGGAGCUGGCACUGCCCAAACUUGACGCAGAAGAAUACUGGGCAAACUACGGAAAUGAGGACUCAGGUGUUACCCUGCGAUGCUUUGAACUCGAAUGUCCACCUGAAUUUGACCUGCCUCCAUCUUCCUCUGCCCCUUCAUCCUACUCACCUUUUUUCCUCUUACUACUAGCCGUUUCUGUUGUCAGCCUUGGCCUCAACCUCCACUUGCUAUUCGGCUGAACCUGACUCUUAGUACCACAUCUUUUUCCCUUCCAGCCUGUUUUAUAGGCUGUGAGGAUACCUGUUAGACUCUACACCCCCUUUGCCCGCUUUGCUGUAAGCCGAAUAUUAAGGCACAGCCAGGGAGAUAGGAGGACGGUUAGAUAUUGAAUCUACCACCUACAGGGCUUACCACUUUUCAGGGCUGAUGAGAGUUUUUCAGCUAAGAUUAUUUACAUCCAUAAUACUCUACAGGUAUGGCUUUCUGUGUCUCACCUGUAUGGUGUCACAUUAUGAUUCCCUGCAAUCAGGGCAACGAGGGCUGAGUCCAUCACUAAUGUCAGUGCAUUUUGAUAGCAGCUGUGAAUGAUGUUUUUUCACCUCAACUUAAUUAUAACUACUACUGCUGUUAGUGCACCCAAUU